GGCUGAGCACCAAAUUACAACUCCAACCUGGGCUUCGGCCAUGGAACUAAAUGGGGCCCCCUUAACCUGUGAAGCUUCAAUCUGGGACUUCCAAGAAGGGACGAUUGGGUACAUAGCCCAUGCCGUGGAACAAAAUUUGCUCCUCCCCAAAGAUAUGGCUGACCUCAGGUCUUUGAGGCAGCAUGAAGUUUUUCUCGGGCUUAAAAGAGACCUGGCCACCCAGGCAGUCUUUAGGACUGAAAAUAUGGUAGAAUCCUCCCAUCGAAAAAUGAAAGAGAAAGAAGGAAAGAGGACAGCAACCGUGGAUGCCUUCCACGUGGCUGAGAAAAGUAACAAAGAGCUGAAAGUCAAACUAAACGAGGAGAUAAAGGAGAGAAAAUCCACCGCGGCAGCCUUAGAGAAUGCGAAAAAACAGGCCGAAAGCCAACGGCUACUCCUCCGAGAUGCUGAGGAUAAAUUGGCUACUGUUAAGGAACAAAUUGCUGCCUUGCAGAAAAAAUUGGGGGAUGCUAAGAAGGCCAAGGCUCUAACUGAAAAGACCAAGGAUGAGGCAGUGAAGGCUAAAGAAGCAGCAGAGCAACACAGAUACGAGGUCGGGGUGGCGGAGAUCGAGGAUGCCCUUAGAGCUGAGGUCCCUACAGUCUAUAGAACUUACUGUGCCCUGACAUGGGACGAAGCCCUCAACCAAGAUAGGGUUGAGGCUUCUUCCAUGCUCAGGAAAGCAGAGAGUGUCUACUAUCCCCCGGCUAUACGCCCUCGAAGCUCCGCAGACUCGAAGGCCGACCCUGAGUCCUCAGAGGUUGGAGAGAUUCAAAGCAGCCCACCCAAGGAUCCUCCUGUAGUUGAUGUUUCUCUAGAAGGUGUUCAGUAAGCCAAGGGUACCACAGAGGCAGAAGAAGGCAACAAAGAAAUAGCCCAUGGCUCUGACUUGCCUCCAAUGGCUCCAAAGGAUCCUAAAGACAAAGAGGCUUCCCAGAAUAUGGAGUUGGUGUUGGCAACCCUCUCCAUACCUCCAAAAGAGGGUCCGAAAGAUGUCAUGCUGUCCACCACAUCGGCUAAUACUCAGCCUCUCAAGGAUCUAAAGGACAAACUUGUAAUAAAGAUGAAGAAAUAGGCUAACC